AUGCAUCCGAUACGAUACAUUAUGGCGGAGUCCGUCAGAGUCAGACAUUUGGAGGCUCAGGAGGAGAUGGACCUUAAAGUUCUGCAAUUCCAAAACAAGAAGCUGGCCCAGCGGCUAGAGCAGCGGCGUCGGAUAGAGGAGGAUCUGAGAAACAGGAUCGAGCAGCUGGAGAAACGGCAGACGACAGACGACGCCGUCAUGUGCAUCGUCAACAGAUACUGGAAUCAGUUGGACGAGGACAUGCGCGUUGUGCUGCAGCGAUUCGACUGGGAGGUAGCUGAUGAGAGUGAAGACAAAGAUGAGAGCGAGGAGCUGACGUCGUUUCUCGAGUCGCUGUCGACGUGGGACCGCAACGAGCUCGACCAGAAGCUGACGCAGCGCGUGCAGUUCUCCGAGCGCGCCGUCGGCAAGGUGAUGCAGUGCUUCGACCGGCAGCUGCAGCGAUACGAGAAGCUCGUCAAGACGCUGCGGGGAAGCAGCGAGUCGUCACCAGCCGACAUCAAGCUCAAGGAAGGUGAGCCGCUGUUGUCUUUGUUGUUGUUGCCAGGGCGAUGA